AUGGCUCCUCACGAAGUUGAGGUCUCUGGCGUCGGCGCCGGCGGCCAGCCCAACAAGUACCGCAGAUGGUGGAAAGAGCAGUCCGUCUACCAGGUGUACCCAGCAUCGUUCAACGACUCCAAGGGCACUGGUGUGGGUGACUUGAGAGGCAUCAUCUCAAAGGUCGACUACUUCAAGAAUUUGGGUGUUGACAUUGUGUGGCUCUGCCCCAUCUUUGAGAGCCCGCAGAUUGACAUGGGCUAUGACAUUAGCAACUAUCGCGAAAUCCACGCCCCCUACGGCACCGUUGCCGACGUCGACGAGCUCAAGGAUGCCUUGCACGCCCGUGGCAUGAAGCUUGUCCUCGACCUCGUCGUCAACCACACCAGUGACCAGCACGAAUGGUUCAAGCAGUCCCGCUCCUCCAAGACGAACCCUUACCGCGACUGGUACAUCUGGCGCCCGGCAAAGUACGACGCCAACGGCAACCGCCAGCCGCCCAACAACUGGAAGUCGCACUUCCAAGGCAGUGCGUGGGAGUGGGACGAGACCACGAGAGAGUACUACCUGCGCCUUUUCGCGCGGGAGCAGCCCGACCUCAACUGGGAGAACCCCAAGGUCCGCGAUGCGGUGCACGCCAUCAUGCGCUUCUGGCUGGACAAGGGCGCCGACGGGUUCCGCUUGGAUGUCAUCAACUUCGUCAGCAAGCCGCAGGACUUCCCGGACUCUGACCAGGAGGUGCUCCCCGGAUCGGAGCUGUACUCUGCCGGGCCCAGGUUGCACGAGUAUCUGAAGGAGCUGGGUGCCAUUCUGAAGGAAUACGAUGCAUUCAGCGUUGGUGAGAUGCCUUGCGUCAGGGAUCUGAAGGAGGUCAUCAAGAGCGUCAACGCGGACCGGGAGGAGCUAAGCAUGAUUUUCCACUUUGAGUUUAUGGACAUCGACCAUGGUCCGCAGGGUAAGUUCUCUCCCAAGGAGUGGAAGCUUGCGGAGUUCAAGACCCUGGUCGACAAGUGGCAGCGGUUCAUGUACAACAACAAUGGCUGGAACGCCCUUUACCUCGAGAACCACGACCAGCCUCGAUCCGUCAGUCGUUUCGCGAGCGACGCGCCCGAGCAUCGCGAGAACAGCGCCAAGAUGAUCUCCCUGCUUCAAGGCCUCCAAGCCGGAACGCCGUUCGUUUACCAGGGACAGGAGAUCGGCAUGGUCAAUGUACCCCAGAACUUCUUCAUGAAGGAGUCCAAGGAUAUUGACUGCCUGAAUCACUGGAACUUGCACAAGGACGUUGACGACGAGAAGACUCUCGAGGCCUACAAGGUCGAGUACCAGAAGAAGUCCCGCGACAACGCGAGAACACCAAUGCAGUGGGACACGAGCGCCAACGCCGGCUUCACGACCGCGGAGGCCACGCCGUGGAUGGCCGUCCACCCCAACCACAAGGAAAUCAACGCCGCCUCGCAAACGUCGAACCCCGACUCCGUCUACCACACGUGGCGCCACGUGCUGGAGACUCGCAAGAAGUUCAAGGACAUCUUUGUCUACGGCGACUUCAACCUUGUCGACGAGGCCCACGAGCAGGUCUUUGCGUACGCUCGCAAGGCCGACGACGGGUCAACCGCCCUGGUGGCCUGCAACUUUUCGCCAAAGUCUAUCGAGUGGACUGGUCUCCCGAGAGAUGUUAAGGAAGUCUUGGUCACAUAUAAGGGCAAGACCAAGGACGAUUUUGGCAACGGAAAGGUUACGCUUGGCCCUUACGAGGGAGUAGCUGUGCUGCUGGCUUGA